AUGUUUUCUUUUUUAACAUUUAAUGCAAUUGUUCGUGUAUGUCUUAAACAAUUAUUACCUACAAUAUAUCGAUUUCUUCGUAUAAAACUUGUUACAACAAUUUUUGUUUUAUUCAAGGAAUUAAUUCAUAUUUGGGCAACAUCAUUGGAUGAACGUAGUCCUGUUAUUGCAUUUGUUUGUUUAUUUCAUUUGAUUCGUGAACAUCGAAAAGAAAUGAUUGUUGUUUUACGAGUUGUGCUUACACGUUCAUCUGCUGCAACACGAAUUGUUGUGUUAUGGGCUGAACCAAUUUAUAGAUCUUUGAUUUUGCAAAAGGCUCUUGACUCUAAUGUAGUUGGUCCAUAUUUUACUUGGAUACUAAGUGGCAGUGUUCCAUUAAAUUCUUUCGAUCAAACAUUUUAUCAAAACUUAAUUGGAAUGCUUCUGAUUGAACUAGCUGUAGGAUCCGUUGUCAAUGCACCAAUUAAUGCAACAUUAUUAAAUGCAGCAUAUAGUAUUUGGCAACAAUAUGUGCCUGAAUCAUUUCCUGGAUCGAUGAAUGUAGAUAAUUAUGCAUUAUUUGCAUUUGAUGCAACAUGGACAUUAAUUCAAUCAUUACAACAAUUGUGUGCAUCAAAAAUAAAUGUUUCUUCUUCAUGUUUAUCAUUUAUUGGAUCUUCAUACUGUUUUGAUCGUCGUUUCAUUCAUUCUAAAUUAUUAUCAGAUGCAGUUAGUAGAACAGAAUUUCUUGGUGUAUCUGGUCCUAUACAAUUUAGUUUUAAUGUAACAGAUCGAAUAACUGGUUUGUAUUAUUCUGCAAAAAAUGCUCAACCUUCUUCGAAUGGUUUGAGUUUUGUUCCUGUAUUAGAAUAUUUUCAUCCUAAUGAUUGGAGAAUACCUACAAAAGAAAACAUUAUAAUAUGGUCUGGCAAUUCAUUAACACAACCUAUUGGUGGAGCCAUUCUCAAAGGUGUAAAUUUACGAAUAGGUAUUAUUGAAUCAGUUCCAUUUACAAUCGUUGAAAAAGUCAUAGAUGCAUCUGGACAAACCACAAUACAAUAUAGUGGCUAUAUUCAUGAUCUUAUUAAACUUUUACAAAGUAACAUGGGAUUUAUUCCAACUAUUGAAUUAGCACCAUCAAAUCAAACAUAUAAUGGAUUAGUUCGAGCAGUACAUAACGGUGUUUAUGAUAUAGUGAUAGGUGAUGUGACUGUUACUGCUGCACGAAGAGAAUUAGUCGAUUUUUUUCAUUGCUAUAUUUGA